AUGACAACCCCACCGAGCCAGAAAAGCACUCUGCACUACAAAUUGCUAAACGGCACAACACCUAUCUCGUUCGAUGUCUAUUUCCCUGAUCCAAUUUCGCCAAUUGUCAUUUCUACCGAUUCAGAGAGUGGACCCAUACCUAUACCCGUGGUGAUAUAUUUUCAUGGUGGAGGCCUAUGCGUUGGGAACAGGGAAAGCUGGUUUCCCACCUGGCUAUACCGACGCGUCAUCUCACUUGGAUAUGCCUUUUUAUCUGCCGACCACCGUCUGCUACCCCCAGCAACAGGCCAUGAGAUAGUUCAAGACCUCAAAGAUCUAUUUUACUUUCUUUCUACCACGGAGGUUUCGAUACAUCCGUACAAAUUCAAGCUCGACACUAACAAAAUAGCCGUCUCAGGAUCGAGUGCCGGAGGACUAUGCGCCUACUUAGCAGCCAUGCACUGCUCCCCAAAGCCCAAAGCCAUCGUCAGCAUGUAUGGCAUGGGUGGAAAUUUUCUUACGCCCCACUACUUCACGCCUAAGGAAAAACCCUUUUUCCGCGGUCGCGACCUCCUCGACCCAGCUGAUUUUUCCGACUACCUCUACCCAUUCCCAAAUGGACCUCUUCCGCCUCUAUCUGAAUCUCACCUGGCGUACCAUCCACAAACAUACCGCAUCCCUGGCUAUCCUGCCAACAAGCGCAUGCUUCUCUCACGGCUUUACCUCCAGCUUGGUGUCUACCUUGAUUACUACACAGGUAUGCACCAACCUAGCCUGAGCCUGUCGCUCCGACAACACACCGUCGAGGACACGCCAGGACGCCUUGUAGCACCCGAGCAUCACUCCCUUUUCCCUCAACUGCAGAUGACCGGUGAGAAUCCCUGGCCCCCAACGAUGUUGUUGCACGGUAAACUCGAUACCGCCGUUCCGGUGGGCGAAUCCCGGUAUCUGAAAGACCUACUGCUCUCAGCGAACGUACCGGUCGAGCUGGUAGAAUUCGACGAACAGGAGCACAACUUUGAUUACCAGCCCGACGCCGAAGAGCGGUGGGCGGAAAAAUUCGAUGGUGUGAAAUAUUUCUUGAAGAAGCAUCUAGGAUCAGAAGCUGAAGUUAUACUUGACUGA